AUGUCCGAAAAGUACGGAAGACCUGCGCAACCACCUCCAUCGUAUGCGCCCAAUAACUCGCAAGGACAGGGCGCUGAACAGCAGCAGCAGCAGGAGCAGCAGCAGCAGCAACAGGAGCCACACCAACAGGAGCAGCAACAGGACUACCAGUUCAGACAGGACCAAUACUACGACCUGAAUGCCAAAACCGAGGGUGCGCCCAUCGGGUCCUUUGAGCAAAGUUUCCCCACCGAGAACAACAACAAAUUUCGGCUCAACGACUGGCCUUUCACCAUCUUUUUCCUAGCUACCGUGUGCGGGUUUGUGGCCAUCGCAGGCAUUACCUUGCGGGCGUGGGCCAAGACCUACUCUUCUACCGGAUCCAGCAUCUACGACGGCCAGAAUACCGGUACGCUGAACACCAAUUCUGCCAUUUUGCUGAUCUUCUCGUGCAUCAUUGCCCUCGUAAUUUCGAUGCUAGGUCUCGUUUUGAUGCGUGCGUCGCCCAAAUGGUUCAUCUACUGCGGUAUGAUCUUCAACAUUGUCUCAGGACUGGGCACAGCCAUCGCUUACUUGGCUAUGAAAUAUUGGUCCGCUGGGAUUGUCUUUCUAGUUUUUACUUUGAUCACCGCCUGGUGUUACUGGGGGAUGCGGUCCAGAAUCCCCUUGAGUGUUGCGAUUCUCAAAACCGUCGUCGACGUGAUGAAGCAACACCCACAAACUUUCCUUAUCUCUUUCAUAGGUUCACUCGCUGCUAGUGCCUUUGCAAUGCUGUUUUCUGCUGUCAUUGUCGCCACGUAUAUCAAAUAUGACCCCUCAAGCAACAAUGCUGGAUGUUCAACUGGUGGCGGCUCUUGUUCAAAGGCUAAACUCAUUGGUAUUCUAGUGUUUGUGUUUUUCUGUGGGUUUUACAUCACGGAGGUUAUCAGAAAUGUCAUUCACUGUACUGUUUCCGGUGUCUACGGAUGCUGGUAUUACAUGUCUAAAUCUGACCAAGGUAUGCCUCGUUGGCCAGCUCUAGGAUCUUUGAAGAGAGCCCUAACUGUUUCAUUUGGGUCUAUCUGCUUCGGUUCCUUGAUUGUAUCUUUAAUUGAGACUCUGAAACAGGUUUUUACUAUGAUAAGAAACGGCCAAAUCACUAAUAUCGCAGACAGUCAAUGGGCUCAAUGUAUCUUCUUCAUCAUCGAUUGGAUCAUCGGCUUUUUGGAAUGGUUGGCUCGUUACUUCAAUCAUUAUGCCUACUGUUUCAUCGCCCUCUAUGGUAAACCUUACCUGAGAGCUGCAAAGGAAACAUGGUAUAUGCUCAGAGAGAAGGGUCUGGACGCACUCAUCAACGACAACCUGAUUAACAUUGCCCUAGGGUUUUUCUCUCUUUUCGCAAGUUACAUGGCUGCUUUGUUCGCGUACUUAUACUUGAGAUUUACCGAUCCUAGUUACAAUUCAGGGCAUGGGUUCAACGUACCAAUGAUGGCUUUUUCGUUUGUCAUUGCUUUACAGAUCUGCAGUAUCACCUCUGAGACGAUAAGGUCCGGUACUGCUACAUUUUUUGUUGCCUUAGGUAACGAUCCAGAAGUAUUCCGCGUAUCGUACCCGCAAAGAUUCGACGAGAUAUUCAGAGCGUACCCAGACGUUUUGAAAAAAUUGAGCCAUCAAAACGUUUAA